AUGCUCCCUUCAGAAUCUUUCAUGUCCUCAUACCUUGACUCGACAAACCGGUCUCGUACUGCAAGCUCCACAGAGAAAUGCCAAGAUGCGAUGGACAUCCUUGAGCAGUACGGGAUCUCGAGACCCUCAGGAUGGUUCUCGGAUGGCGACGCAGGCACGCCAGAUCAAAUCAAACAAACGAAAUCGAUACUCUCGCAGAUCUGUCACUCGUGCGGUAACCCUCUCGCUUUUGAACGGUAUUGCCCGCACUGCGGCCACGAUUCUUGUAUGAAGUGUACGGGAGAGACCCCUGGACAACCCCUUGGCCACAGGGUUCUCAACAGUUCAGUACAGUAUCAAGAACACUCUUUCAUAGGCAAGAUACCUGAGCUGCCAACACAAAGUGAACACCCCGAAAGCGAACACAGUCACGCCGCACGUACUACAGUUGAUACUACUCAUCGUCGUAAGCUCUCAAGGUUCGCAUCAGAGCCAGAUACACCAAGGACAUCCUUUAGAACCAAGACGCAAUCUCGCCAAAGACCGAAAACUGAUCACAACACCCUGAAGCCCACUCGGAAGAAGACGAUUGCGGCACCAACAGAGAUCUCUAGCUCAGUGAAGAACAACCCCUUUUUUGUGGCAGACAGGGGAAUGAAGAAAGAAGCCCCAGAACCUGAAAUCACGACGAGAUCAGUGCAAGUGGAACGUAAACCCAGGCCCUCAGACUGUGUACCUAAUCGUCUCAAGUCCAGCUCGCCCCGCGUUUCUCAUAUAGAGGAACAAUGUCCCGACCCUGGUUGUAGAGCUACACACGAUGGUCACCAUCCAACGCGGCAUAGCAUUGGUUGUGCAACCCGGCGUAGUCUAGGAACACAAGUUGCUGAAGGCAACGAUUUGGAUAUGAUUGAUACAGAUAAACAUAACCCUGAAGAGAAGAAGCACACACAAUCACUGAGGGACUCACCAUCCCGAAGCAAGUUACAGAUGAAAAUUGACCAACUCUAUCAUCACGGACAAGAUCUCCAUCACUCACAGCAUAUCAUGGAGCAUUUAUCAGCUGGUGUGCAGACUCUCGAGUCUUCUACGGAUGAGAAACCCACGAACGGGCAAGACGGGCGCAUGCGGGCGGACAGCUACGGGUUGAGGGUACAGAGUCAACCUGGUAUUGGCAUCGAUCACUCCUUGAGUAGAGACGAGACUGUCACAGUGGCAAAAGACACUAUCGAACACAAUCUGAACAAAGAACCGGCAGUGCCUGACGAGAUUGAGCCACAGCCACCUAAUCUUACCGAUUAUCACAAGGGGGAUCGGCAUCCGAGCCCAAAGUCUCAUGAACCCCAUGACGAUACCCAACCUAAGGAUGCCCAUUGGAUAAAGCAUCCUAUCAACAAUAACAAGACCCAUGACGCGCCGAGAGACCACACGAGAAUACUGAAUUCACAAACAGCUAGUGAAAAGCCCGUCUCUCAGUCCAAAGGACCGAAGAAAGGCCUCAAGACCUCACCAGAGGCAAAUGAAAGGAUUGCGCCACAAGCUCAAAACAAGUCCUUGUCAGAAAAGGGUCACGAUGCUGAUCUCGACUCCAAGAAAAGGUUUGGCAAACUUGACGAACUCGUUCUUGAGGGCAAAAUGAUGCCCAAACCAGCUCCACGUAUCAACAAGGACACUGAAAGACCGAAAGCCGAGGCUACCGGUAUCUCGAAGGAUAGUUGCUUCAACUGCAAUCCUACUCAGUCAUCAUCGCCUAAGCAAACAGAGGGUGGUUUUCAGAUCUUCGUUGAAGAUGAGUCACAUAACAAGACUGAGAAUGAAUUGAGUGCUGCCUUCGAGUCACCCAUGCCUCGACUCAAGGUAACAGACAUUGAGCAUUCCCUGGCUCGCAAGAGCGUCGAGCAAUUGUUGGCGAAGAGUCCACAGCCACAAGAGAUAGAAGCAGCAGAAGAGCCAAAGAGUACGAGACUCCCGAGCAUAACAGAGGAUCGACCUCGCAACGACUCUGAGAUGUCAACAUUGAUCUAUGACCCUAGACCUGUGAUGCCUUACAACCACAUGUGUGCUUAG